AUGGUUCGCACGAAACAAACCGCAAAAAAAUCAUUGCCAACUAGAGGGAAGUUAAUGAAACUUCGUGCAAAGAGAGAACGAAUUAGUGGAACUAAACAUAAAGUUCAAGACGAAGUUUCUGGUGAAAAUACUUCAAUCAUCAAAAAGCGACGCUACAAGCCAGGUAUGCGCGCUUUGCAAGAGAUAAGACGACUUCAAAAAACGGUUAAUUUACUCAUACCACGUGCACCAUUCCAACGGUUGGUACGUGAAAUUGCAAUGAAUGUAUCAGAGAAAAAUGUUGAUUUGCGUUUUCAAUCUCUUGCAAUAUCGGCCCUACAGGAAGCUGCGGAGGUGUAUUUGACGUGUUUAUUCGAAGACACUAAUUUGGCUGCUAUCCAUGCGAAACGUGUCACAAUCUUUCCUAAAGACAUUCAGUUUGUACGCCGUCUUCGUGGUGAAGUUACUCGAUUUGGGUGUUGA